CACACGUGCCGCUCUCCACCCGGACAGGAGCAGCGAUGCUGCUGGAGAGGUGACCGCGGUCGGAGUCGACCAUUGUGGAAAACGUUUCCGUUUAGCAGCUCGGUAAAACAAAAACAAAUGUUAAAAAUGUGUUUAUUUCUGCACCGGAAGCCGAAGGUUGAGGCGGUUCAGUGAAGAGGAACGGGGAGGAGGAGGGAGGAGGAGGGAGCCGGAGCCUCUCUCGACUUAAGAGGAUAAAGAAAAGGGAAAGCGGGCUGUUUGGAAGCGGACCGGCUAGGUGGCACCAUGGGCAGCGGACCGGAUGAGAGCUCGGUGCGGGUGGCUCUGAGGAUUCGUCCCCAGCUGGCCAAAGAGAAGAUGGAGGGCUGUCACAUCUGCACGUACGUGAUGCCCGGAGAGCCGCAGGUGGUCCUGGGUAAAGACAAGGCCUUCACCUUUGACUUCGUCUUCGACAUGGACGCUCAGCAGGACGCCGUCUACGACCACUGCACCGAGAAGCUAAUCGAGGGCUGCUUCGAGGGCUACAACGCCACCAUCUUUGCGUACGGACAGACGGGUUCAGGUAAGACGUACACCAUGGGAACCGGCUUCGACGUCAACAUCGGCGAGGACGAGCUGGGCAUCAUCCCCCGCGCCGUCAACCACCUGUUCAGGGGCAUCGAGGAGCGCAGGCGGGCCGCCACCGAGCUGGGCRGGCCCGUCCCCGAGUUCAAGAUCAACGCUCAGUUCCUGGAGCUGUACAACGAAGAAGUGCUGGACCUGUUCGACACGACUCGAGACCUGGAGGUCAGGAGGCAGAAAUCAAACAUCCGGAUCCACGAGGACGGGAGCGGGGGCAUCUACACGGUGGGGGUCAGCACCCGCACCGUGGCCUCAGCAGCCGAGAUGAUGCAGUGUCUGAAGCUCGGCGCUCUGUGCCGCACCACGGCCAGCACUCAGAUGAACGUCCAGAGCUCGCGCUCCCACGCCAUCUUCACCAUCCACCUCUGCCAAGUCCGGGUCUGCGCCCCCGACAACAACGACAACGUAACCGAUAACCGCCUGGCCGGCGACGCGGAGAUGAACGAGUUUGAGACGCUGACGGCCAAGUUUCACUUUGUGGAYCUGGCUGGUUCCGAGAGACUGAAGAGAACCGGAGCUACAGGAGACCGAGCCAAAGAGGGCAUCUCUAUAAACUGUGGACUGCUCGCCCUGGGGAAUGUCAUCAGUGCCCUGGGAGACAGAAGUAAACGCUCGACCCACGUGCCUUACAGAGACUCCAAACUCACCCGGCUCCUGCAGGACUCGCUGGGCGGCAACAGCCAAACGGUGAUGAUCGCCUGCAUCAGCCCGUCAGACCGGGACUUCAUGGAGACACUGAACACCCUGAAGUACGCCAACCGGGCUCGYAACAUCAAGAACAAGGUGCUGGUGAACCAGGACCGAGCCAGCCAACAGAUCAGCGCCCUGAGGACCGAGAUCGCCCGGCUGCAGAUGGAGCUGAUGGAGUACCGGACGGGGAAGCGUGUGGUAGGCGAGGACGGCAUGGAGGGCAUCAACGACCUGGUCCACGAGAACUCCAUGUUGCAGACRGAGAACAACAACCUGAGAGUGAGGGUGAAGGCCAUGCAGGAGACCAUCGACGCCCAGAGGAGCAGGCUGACGCAGRUCCUCAGUGAGCAGGCCAACCAGGUCCUGGCCCGAGCCGGUGAGGGCAACGAAGAGAUCGGGAACAUGAUCCAGAACUACAUCAAAGAAAUCGAGGAGCUCAGAGCCAAGCUCCUGGAGAGCGAGGCCGUGAGCGAGAACCUGAGGAAGAAUCUGUCCCGCGCCGCCACCCGCUCCUCGCUGUACGGSAGCCCCGCCUCUUUCUCCUCGGCCCUCUUCGCUCCAGAGAAGGAGGCCAGCGACGUCAUCGAGAUGGCCAAGAAGGACCUGGAGAAACUCAAGAAGAAGGAGAARAAGAAGAAAAAGAGGCUGAGGCGAUUCGAGGAGAGUCAGGCCCGCGAGGUUGAGCUCGCCAGCGCCGUUAAAGAGGAAAUCCCAGACAACGACCAAGAGAGAGGCAACGAGGAGGCAGAAGGGGAGGGCAGCGGCCACGAGGACGGCGAAGACGCAGACGGAGAAGAUGAGGACUUCGAGCUGGAAGGAGACGAAACAUCUGAUGAGUCCGACUCUGAAGAACUGGAUGAAAAAGAAAACGUCCAGGCCGAUCUGGCCAACAUCACCUGUGAGAUCGCCAUCAAGCAGAAGCUGAUCGACGAGCUGGAGAACAGCCAGCGGCGCCUCCACACCCUCAAACAGCAGUACGAGCAGAAGCUGAUGAUGCUGCAGAACAGGAUCCGAGACACGCAGCUGGAGAGGGACAAAGUGCUGCACAAUAUGGGUUCAGUGGAGUCGGGAACCGAAGAAAAGGCCAAAAAGAUAAAGGUGGAGUACGAGAAGAAACUGAGCUUCAUGAACAAGGAGCUGCAGAAGCUCCAGGCGGCUCAGAAGGAGCACGCCCGCCUCCUGAAGAACCAGUCCCAGUACGAGAAGCAGCUCAGGAAGCUCCAGCAGGACGUGACGGAGAUGAAGAAGGCUAAAGUGGCGCUGAUGCGUCAGAUGAAGGAGCAGCAGGAGAGGAGCAGGGCCACAGAGACCAGGAGGAACAGAGAGAUUGCCUCUCUGAAGAAGGAGCAGCGCAGAGCAGAGCAUCAACUGAAGCAGCUGGAGGCCCAGAAGAGACAACAAGAGCUGAUCCUCCGCAGGAAGAAUGAAGAGGUGACGGCUCUGAGGCGACAGGUCAGACCCACGUCUGGGAAGGUGAGCAGGAAGGUGAGCUCACCUGAGUCUCUCCAGGAGCCUUCACAGAGAGGAAACCCUGGACGGCUGCAGUCAUCGGGUCCGAGCGCUUCCAACGGAACCAGGUACGGCUGUGGAAACACGCAGCGCGUCCAACACACACACACACACACACACGCUGGCUUCAAGAGCGCUGACAGAGUUCCUCUUCCUGUUAGGAGUUCCCACGUUCGGAGGGGAAACGUUUACCACAACAGAACCGCCCGCACCAAGUGGCAGUCUUUGGAGAGGCGUGUCAGUGACAUCAUCAUGCAGAGGAUGACCAUCUCCAACAUGGAGACGGAUAUGAACCGCCUGCUGAAGCAACGGGAGGAGCUGACCCGGCGGAAGGAGCGUCUGUCCAGGAAGAGGGRCAAGAUGGCGGUGGACGGCGCGGACGCCGAGCGCUCGCUGGCUUCCCUGAACGAGGAGCUGGAGUCUCUGAGCGCCAACGUGGACUACAUCAACGACAGCAUCGCCGACUGCCAGGCCAACAUCAUGCAGAUGGAGGAGGCCAAGGAGGAAGGAGACCCCGCGGAUGUCUCUGCUGUCAUCAGCUCCUGCAACUUAUCAGAAGCUCGAUUCCUGCUGGACAGUUUUAUGAACAUGGCCAUCAAUAAGGGUCUGCAGGCGGCUCAGAAAGACUCCCAGCUGAAGGUGAUGGAGGGCCGGCUGAAGCAGACCGAGAUAAACAGCGCCACCCAGAACCAGCUGCUCUUCCACAUGCUGAAGGAGAAGGCUGAGAUCAACCCGGAGCUGGACGCCCUGCUGUGCAGCGCUCUGCAAGAUUUAGGGUUCCUGCUCCCAGAAAACGGAGAGGACAGCAGCAGCGAUGAGUCCACCCAGAGUCCGGCCACUGACGGCAGCUCUCUGUCAUCAGAUUUAUUGAAGUUAUGCGGUGAAUCCAAACCUAAAAGCAAGGCUCGAAGGCGGACCACCACCCAGAUGGAACUGCUUUAUGCUAAYAGCGAAUCUCCCACCGGAGACUUCUCGGCCCCUCUGCUGCCCCUCAUGGAGCGCCUGGAAGGCCCGGCAGACGUUCAGGGUCACCCAGCCGGUCAAAGCUCUGACCGAGAGCAAACCCCGUCCCCAUCUGCGCUGUCUGCCAGACCAGCUGGUGUGUCUGGAUCCAGGUCUCCUACAGGGAUGGAGAGGAAACAAAUGGAUCGCUCACCACUCAGCCGCAGGAAGGUGCAGGAGAAAGGACCCAUCCUGUCACAUGUCCCAGCACAGACUCCUUCAGUGGGAACAACAGAAAUUAAAACAAGAGGCAGUGACUACAAAUCACCGUUGGAGGAAUCACCUGUAUCUGAAGGGCACAGAGGCGUGAUCAAUCCUGUGGCUCCUUCCAACAGCCGGGGGGCCAGAGUUCAGUGCAUCCAUGUAGCUGAAGGACACACAAAACCGGUUCUGUGCGUAGACGCCACAGAUGACCUGCUCUUCACCGGAUCUAAAGAUCGUACAUGUAAGGUMUGGAACUUGGUGACGGGACAAGAGAUUAUGUCUCUAGCAGAUCAUCCCAGUAGUGUUGUCUCCAUCAGGUACACAUCCAGCCUGGUCUUCACUGUUUCCACUGUUUACAUCAAAGUCUGGGACAUACGAGACUCCGCCAAGUGUAUCCGCACGCUCACGUCAUCAGGCCAGGUGAGCUCAGGAGACUCGUGCUCCUCUGCCAGGAGUUUCUCCAUCCCACCCGGAGAGAGUCCGAUCAACCAGAUCGCCCUCGAUCCCUCCGGCUCCUCCCUGUACGCCGCUGCGGGCAAUGCAGUGCGCAUGUGGGACCUCCGCAAGUUUGUGUCGACAGGAAAGCUGACCGGCCAUUUGGGACCUGUGAUGUGCCUAACUGUCGACAAGUCAGGCCACGGUCAGGACGUUGUGCUCACUGGCUCCAAAGACCAUCACAUUAAAAUGUUCGAAGUGGCCGAAGGCGCUCAGGGUAGCAUCAGCUCCAGCCACACGUUUGACCCCGCCCACCAGGACAGCGUGGAAUGUCUGGCCGUGCACGGGAACGUGUUCUACAGCAGCUCCAGGGAUUUUUAUAUUAAAAAGUGGGACAUGGCCAGUAAAAAGCUAUCACAGCUGGUCAGUGCCCAGACAGACUGGGUUAGUGCUCUGGGAGUGGUGCCCGGCUCCCCGGUGCUCCUCACUGGGUGCAGAGGAGGGUUGCUUCGCCUCUGGCACACCGACUCCCUCGCUCCUCUCGGAGAGGUCCAGGGGCACGAUAGUCCCAUCAACGGUUUGGCAACAAACGGCAACCAACUAUUCACCGCUUCUGAUGACCGCACAGUCAAAGUUUGGGAAGCAAAGAGACCCCUAGAUGAUGGAAUUAACUAAACGACAACCUCCAAUCCAUCUUUUGAACCAAGUUUUGUCCACUGGAAGUCAGUCCAAAUGACUUUUUUAGACAUCAAUAAUGAAGAAUUCAUUUCAGAACCCAAAGUCAGCCUUGAUGGCAUCAGUGUUUGUUUUAGGCGUUCCACAAGGACGUGUGUCAGUAACACUAAACUUGAUAUGGGCAGUGUUUCCAGGGGAAUUCGGUUCCUGAUAUUUUAGGUCAAGRCGCAUCACAACAAACUUUCUGGAUUCUUUCGAGUCUCUUUUGGAGCUCUAGAGAAAAAAGACAACUGAGACAGAAAUAAGAUCCAGGCGUUUCUCCUCAGCCAGAAUAAAAUUUUUCCUAAUAGGAUUCUUUUUUUUUUUUUUUUUGCCUGUUCUGCUGCAAACGGACAAAAAAAGUGUUUGGAUGACAAGUUUAAGGUUGUCUACAUGAAGCAAAGUCUGCUCGGUUUGCUUUAACCUCAGCAGUUCUCCUGUGUGUUGAUAUAAUGUGUGGUUUGUUGUCUUCCCUGCUUUAUUGUACAGCUCAUUUCAGGUAUAAAUGUGUGUAUGUCUGUGCACUCAGUUAUCAAGGACCAAACGACGACUGAAAACUUCAAGCUAUUACUGCCAAACGUGUUAGAUGAGCUAAUAGUAAAAUGCCUCUCAUGAGAUAACUUGUUCUUUGUUAAUAUACUUCUUAAACAUUUUCUUUGCCAUUGUUUUGUGCAUUAAAUCAACAGCUAACCCAUUUUGUAGCACUAAAUAUCACAGRUGUACUGCGUUCCUACAUUUUUUGUAAACCAGCUUUAAGUUUCAAGACUUCAAAGCUAAGCUGCUAAACAGUUUAGAAACUUGUGUUUUGUUCAUUUGUUUUUGACACAAUUAGACGUAUGAAUUCAAGGUUUCUCAAAUUAUGAAAAGUAAAAUUUUAUUUUUACCUCAGARUUAGCAUGUAAUGCUAAUUGUUUAUAUCGAUUUAUUUGUUUUUGGUUAAACAGUCGACCCUUUUUUUUAUUUAAAAGUCAGCUUAAACAUAAAAAAUAACCAGAUUAAAACGGGUUAUAACUGUUGAAGGGGGGAAAGCAUUUUUUCUCACACGUUUUCAUUUCCAACAUACAAAAUAACAGAUACUUGCAGCCUUAAUUUAUUGUUUUAAAUGAUAAUAAGCCAUUGAAAAAUGACUGUUAUACUUUAUUCCACUUGUGAUUUUGGUUUUUAUCCUUUAUAACAAUAAUGGGCAACAUUUAAGGCAAUUUACAUUUAAGUUUCUGGAGAAAAAUGGUUUUAUUUAUGCGUUAUAUUAUUUUUUAUUUGUCAGAAUCAUUGCCUUUGGCCUUUUGGACCGGUGUCUCUUUUUUGCCUGUGGCAAACGCAUUACGUUCAGGUUUUGCAGAAUAAUUUCUGCACACUUUAAGUUUUGAUGUUAUUUUUAAAAACGGCGUUGGGUUAAACUGUAUUGACGGGAGGUUUAUGAUCUGAAUAAUGUGAAUCAUUAAUGCUGAUGAAAUUGAGCACCUUGUACGUUCUGAGUCAGGAUCAGAUACAAUUUUUUCAUUCUGAAGCAUAUCUUAACAUAUCUGUUCUCAGUUCAGUUUUAUUCUGCUGUUCUGAAAUGUAAAAACUGCAACGAUCAGCUGAUGGAAAUAUGUCAGAAAUCCUGUUAUUUAUUUAUUUGUAGAUUUGCAAAUUAUUUUUAUGUUGUGAGGUUUUUGUGUCGUAGACGUUGGUUUGCACAGGUGGUGAUGGAUUAUUCCCUAAUCAGAGUUUUGUUAUCAGUGCCUGUAAUAAAUCCUAAAUUGUAGUUUUUUUAUUAUCGUAUGUUAAAAACAUCAAGUUAAACAUUUCAAAUGAACAACCUGUGUUCAAAAUUUCUAUUGAAGUUUGUUAAAAAUUAACGAGAACUGUUCCGGUUUAGAGGUUGAAUUGUUAAAGUCAAUGAUUUGAUAACAAUAAAACACAGUGGUGGUAGUAUUAUGGUUUGAUCCAGUUUUGUAAAAGAAAGUGAUUCGGAGGAAUAACUGAAAAAAAUAUCACUAAUUGUUUUUAUUUUGUUUUCAGUCCCAUUGAAAUCCAUAAAAUCUUUGUUUUCUUUCCUGUUGAUUCUUUUGUGAAGUUUCCGAUGAUGGAAAUAAAAUCCGCAGACUGUAAAUAAAACUUUAUUAUGAA